AUGGAAUUGGCUGCCUAUGAGAAAGCCAAUGGACCACUAUCGGUUCAUUUGGAUGAGGUUCUCAAGAAAAUGAAUGUUGAGAGACAAGCUUAUCAUGGAAAAUCAUUCAUUGGUAAUCAUGUACACACUUGCUGCAAGGUAACACAAAUUCUACCCUUAGAGUAGGAAUUUGUUGAGUCACAAAAUUUCAUUGAAUUGUUGCAUUUGUUUUUUUGGUAGGAAGACAACAUCAUUAAACUAUGCAGUGCUGUGCUGACGAAAACAGAGGAGCUGUGUCCUUCCCUCCUUUCUCAAGCAAGAGAAAUUAGCGUGAAAUUUGAACAAGUUUUUAAGUUAUUUGCUGCUUGCCACUUUGUCUAUGACAGUGCAGACUAUCUCAAUGAUGGCAAGAUUGAUAAGCUAGGUAACUGAAAGAAAAAACCUGACUUUCAUGGAAAAACAUGAAUACAGCAAUAAGAUCAUGUCUUAAGUCCACCUUUUCUUGUUUUCUUGUUGCAGAGGAAGACAUCACAAAUUUUCUUCAGUUCCUUAGGGAAAAAUUUCCAGACAUGACAAUCACACCAAAGCUGCAUAUGCUAGAAGAACAUGUUUGCUCUUUUCUUCGACAAUGGCACAUGGGCCUUGGAUUCUACGGUGAACAAGGGAUUGAAGGAAUACACUCUGAAUUCAAUACCCAGUCCCAGCAUUUUGACCAUGUGAAGAAAAAGGACACGAGAUUGCGUCAAAUCCUUGUCAACCAUCACAUUGCCACGAGUCCGGAACUAGCGGGAAAGCUCCCAAACCUAAAGAAAGAAAUUUAA